CAAAAAAGAGCGAAGUUCUGCUCUGCGGGUAUUCGUCUUUCGCGUCUCCUACGACUUUGCGAUCUAUCGCACAAAAACUUCAAGGUCUCGGAUCAGAAGUAUAUUUGAAAUAUGAUCGGGACUUGCAUUGGGUUAGCAGCCAAAAAUUUGCAGCGGAAGGUCCAUGGAGAGAAUUGCUGGGUGUCUUUCCUGAUAUAG